AUGACACAUAUCUCAUGCGGGCUUCCUCAGAGAGGCCAGGUCCCGGUCACGGCGCUGCAGCUAAGGACGCCGGCCAAACGGGCAUUACUUCUGUUCAGUGGAUUAAUAGUGGACGUGGUUUCACUUUUUCCGCUGGAAACUGAGGUUCUCUUACCUUCCUUCGUCGGUGCGAGGGCGGCUGCGACGCAUCCGUGUCUGGAUGCGUCGGGAAAGACCACCUGCACAUGCUCGGCGAGCGGAACAGAGUCGCUAAGCGCCACCAUAUCAGAGACAAAACACACGCUAGAGGUUGUAUGCAAAACCUCUACCAUGACGUAUGCUCCAGAUGGUUUGAAAGGAACAAACGUAUGCGUGGCGAGUACGCAGAAGCUGACUGCUUGCAAGGACUGCAAGAUAUCGAACCAGUGCAAGGACAUCAACAAGGUUCUGUCCGGCACAGCGAACGUGAAGUGGCAGCCGGAGACACCAGUGAGCGGAGACACGUCUAGAUCCCUAACCAUACCAAAGAACAAUUUCCCGUACGUCGACCAGGCGUUUAAGGUGGGCUGCCUGGAAAGCUCCGGUGGCGACACUGUAAAGUGCACCGUAACGGUAAAAGUCGAGGCGAGAAAAACUACGAAUGAAAACAACACCGUGACCUGUGCGUAUGGAAAAGAAAGCAAUGAAACACCUGAAGCAAUCACUCUCACGCCCGCCAACAACUCCUUGACUCUGUUGUGCGGGAAGGACGCAGAGGUGCUGCCCCAGAACUACGAGGUGAGCUUUUGCCCGAACGAGGAUGCGGAAAAAGAUGUUUCCACGUCCUGCAGUAGCGACUACAAGACUAUUCUGCCAGACUACGUAGGCAGCUGGUGGAAAACGGAUGUGGAGAAAGGAGCCUUCACACUGGAGGUUCCGAAGGACAAGUUCCCGGAAGCACCUGCGAAGAUUCGAGUGGGAUGCCGAACGACGGCUGAUGUGAAAAGAGGAAAUAUCAACGAUGAGCCUGAAUUGAAGUCGAGUAUCUGUAACGUGGAUGUGACGAUCGAAGGCACUGGACCGCAAAGCGCUUCCGCCUCUCCGGUGUCCUCCACGAGCAUCGUUUCGGUUUUGUUAGGCCUCGUCGGGAGUGGUAUGCUGGCCUCCCGUGCGUAG